GAAUAUUUCAUCUGGAAGCACACAUUGCUGUUUUGUAUUCGUUUUUUUGCGCGCUCAUCUGUGUUUCGUCCGGGGUUUCGAGUGGCAGAACGCGCACAGACGGAGGCGCGUUCACGCGUGGAUUUUUCUAAUGGAAUGCAGCGCUGCUCGUCCGUCGUGUGUAGAAUCAUGCUAGUUGGUGAUUCGAGGCGACUCGCCUCCUGGGAAGUGCUGUGCAUUCGUAGGGAAAAUAAGACACGUCCGAUUAAUAAAUUAAUAUCCACGCCACGGAGAGCAUGAGUGGGGGCAGCGCGUGAGAGAACCGCGAGCCAAGAAGAGGAGCGUUCGCGAGGACCCAUAAAGAGGAUCGCUGAGAGGAAGGAUGCAGCAUCGACAGGGAAGCAUCGGGCAUCUUAUGGGCUGACACGCACGCACGCGCGCGCGCGCACACACACACACUCACACACACACACAACCAGCCAACCUCCUGCAGCUCGCUCUCCGAGUGCGUGCGUGGAUCAUGUGGCCAAACCCACUGGCCCGAGAGGAGUGUAUAUAAUCCCCUCACACUGUGACCGUGCGUGUCCCUCGCACUGAGUCUCGCACCCGGGUCCGAGGCGCGUUCUGCUGCGUGGGCGCUGGGAGAGCCACUCCGUUGUAACCAUCAUGUCCCACGGAUGGGGGUACGACCCAGAAAACGGACCGGACACGUGGAGCGCGCAGUUCCCGGUCGCCGACGGACCCCGGCAGUCCCCCAUCGACAUCGUGACGGCGGACGCGCACUACGAUGAGAACCUGCAGCCCCUCGAAGUGAAGUACGACCCCGGGAGCUCGAGCGGCAUCGUGAACAACGGACACUCGGUCCAAGUGGACUUCGCCGACGACACCGACAGCUCCACGCUAACGGGGGGGCCGAUCUCAGGGACGUACCGCCUGCGGCAGUUCCACUUCCACUGGGGGGCCAGCGAUGACAGGGGCUCUGAGCACACCGUGGACGGGGCCAAGUUUCCCGCAGAACUGCAUCUGGUCCACUGGAACACCAAGUACCCCAACUUCGCCCAAUCUACUACUCAGCCCGAUGGCCUGGCUGUUAUUGGAGUCUUCCUCCAGAUUGGUGAUGCUAAUCCGCAGUUGCAGAAGGUUCUUGAUGCUCUGGAAGCCAUAAAGACAAAGGACAAGCAAAUUGCAUUCCUGGACUUUGACCCUUCGGUCCUGCUGCCUAGCUCUCUGGACUAUUGGACUUACGAUGGAUCCCUGACAACACCCCCACUGUUGGAGAGUGUGACCUGGAUCGUCCUGAAGGAGCCUAUCAAUGUCAGCUCUGACCAGAUGGCUAUGUUCCGCAGCCUGCUUUUCACACAGGAGGGGGAUGAGCCGUCCAACAUGGUGGAUAACUACCGUCCCCCCCAGGCUCUUAAGGGCCGCUCCGUCCGAGCUUCCUUCAAGUGAAUGUAAAAUCCCACCUCCGAGCAUCCCCCAACUUGUCCAACCCAGUGAUGACAACUAUGGAGAAGCACAGACCUCACUGACCCCCAAGCUUGUCCGUUGAGUAAAAAUACCUCUGGUUUCUCCGUCUCUCCAUCCUUCAGCUAGAGAUUUCUUCACAGACACCUCCCUGUCACUUGCUGUGUUACUAAGUGGCCCUUCAGAAAUGAGAGCGAAGAGGGGGGUCAGAUUUUCUGGUGCCAUUUUGGUAGAUCGCUCCUGGAACCUCUGGUUUUCCAUGGGACCAGGAUAAGAAAGAUGCAAAGAUCAGAGGUUACAAAUAUGUCACAGAUAAUCAGUAGCAGGGAAAGAUUAAGCAGUCGUGACUAACCCUGGCAGCCCAUAAUCUCAGUUUGCCUAAAACAUGAUCUCAGUGCUCUGAUGAAACGCUGCCGCGCAGUCGCUGCCGAUUUCGCCCGAAGAUCCAUUUCGACGGGUGUUCGCAGCACUCGCGCACUCUCGCAUGCACCACAACGCACAAAAACGGGGGUGUCGCCUUCCUCCUUUAGGUACUGAAUUCCAGCAUGGAAUGACGUCUAUCUGCAGGUACAGCGUGUAAAGGAGCCAAUCCUGGGAUUAUCUUUUAUUUCCUAUUCUAUGCUAAGCAGCGAUAAUCAAAUGUCUACAUUAGUUUGGCAGCUUUGUCUGUUUGUUAUAAAUGUGCUCUGACUGACCUCAUGGUGCGCUAUUACUGAUCUCUUGUCUAGACAUUGGGGGGGGGAUUAACCUCUCCGGAAAAUUCUGCAUUGUGCUUUGACCUGUCGGGACGGAGUCGAGGUGGAGGCCUGCCAGCAGGUUCGGCCUUUACCCACGUUUCACAUCCCCAGUGACUGCUCUGCGACAUCCAGGUGUCAGUGUGCGCUAGUGAACGGACCGUUCGUUUAGACUUUGCCUAUUUCCUGAUUUAUCUUCCGAAAGAGAUUAUAAAGUAUGUGCAAUUAUGUGUCUGUCAGAAUUGCUGUUAAUUAUGGAAUAUUUUUAAGCCUUUAUGAAAAGCAAUAUUAGGAUCCUACCGGGAGUGCGUGAUGCAAUGCUGCCGUUGUGAAUUAAAAAAGGGCAUUCGAUAAAUUAAAUAAAUCUAUUUUAUGACUACUGUCA